AUGUACGUGCUUGACACAGCCUCGUUAAAAUCGCAACCGCAGUGGAGCCAUAUGGUCGAGUCCAUCGGGCAUCAUGACAACAGGCCAGUCCAGCCCGCACCUCCUGAGCGCGAAACAAACAUUCACAUCUGCAAAUCGACUGCCUACAGACGACUAAUGAAGCACGGCCUUUGCGACCGCGGAAUCGUGCCUCAGUUCUAUGGGACAAUGGAACAGAUGGACUUAUCACACUAUCAACCUCACCUGAAGAUGUUUCUUAAUGACAAGAAUCCUCCUAGCGCCAUCCUCUUGGAGUACAUUCCAAAAAUGGAGAUGAUCUAUCCGCACAAUUUUACAAAGGAGUGGGGAGAGGCUUUGAUCCAUGGCAUUUGA